GUACGCUCUUCAGCAGUUCCGACAAAAUUAACAAAUAGGUCUGACGGCCAUAUGACUGACUGCACCUUCUCUUCCCUGGCGGUGAAACGGUGUCAGUCGCAUAUACACCCCCUUGCAUACCGCGGCUGGGAAAUAACGGUGUCUAACGGAAAACCGGUCUAUUUUGGUAGCGUUUGAGAUAUAAAAUACGUCGUGGGGCCGGGGAAGACAGCUUUUCUGAAAGAAGUCCAUACACUGAGGUGGUGGACUCAAGGUAACGAGACGGAGGACGAUUUCUUUGCGUAUUCUCAGUGGAAGGGCAAGGCUGGAGAAAUCAAGAAGAUGCCCAAACCGGUCAAUGUGAGGGUCACCACCAUGGACGCUGAGCUGGAGUUUGCCAUCCAGCCCAACACCACCGGCAAACAGCUCUUUGACCAGGUGGUGAAGACAGUGGGUCUUCGGGAGGUUUGGUUUUUUGGCCUACAGUACACCGACAGUAAAGGCUACAGCACAUGGCUCAAACUCAACAAGAAGGUGACACAGCAAGAUGUGAAGAAGGAGAACCCACUGCAGUUCAAGUUCCGAGCCAAAUUCUUCCCCGAGGACGUGUCUGAGGAACUCAUCCAGGAGAUCACACAGAGACUAUUCUUUUUGCAGGUGAAGGAGGCCAUCUUAAACGAUGACAACUACUGCCCCCCAGAGACAGCCGUGCUGCUGGCCUCCUACUCUGUCCAGGCCAAAUACGCCGACUACAACAAAGACGUCCACAAGCCUGGCUAUCUGACCUCGGAUCGUCUGCUGCCUCAGAGGGUUUUGGAGCAGCACAAGCUGACUAAAGAACAGUGGGAGGACAGAAUACAGACCUGGCAUGAGGAACAUAGGGGGAUGCUCAGAGAGGACUCUAUGAUGGAGUAUCUGAAGAUAGCCCAAGACCUGGAGAUGUAUGGAGUCAACUACUUUGAGAUCAAGAACAAGAAGGGAACUGAGUUGUGGCUGGGUGUGGAUGCACUGGGACUCAAUAUCUACGAACACGAGGACAAGUUGACGCCAAAGAUUGGCUUUCCCUGGAGUGAGAUCAGGAACAUCUCCUUCAACGAUAAGAAGUUUGUCAUCAAGCCCAUCGACAAGAAAGCCCCAGACUUUGUGUUCUACGCGCCGCGGUUGCGGAUCAACAAGCGCAUCCUGGCUCUGUGCAUGGGGAACCACGAGCUGUACAUGAGGAGGAGGAAGCCCGACACCAUUGAGGUCCAGCAGAUGAAGGCCCAGGCCCGGGAGGAGAAACACCACAAACAGAUGGAGAGAGCACAGCUAGAAAACGAAAAGAAAAAACGAGAGCAUGCGGAGAAAGAGAAGGAGAGGAUAGAAAAAGAGAAGGACGAGCUGAUCGAGAGACUCAGACAAAUUGAGGAACAGACGUUAAAGGCCCAAAAAGAGCUAGAGGAGCAGACUCGCAGGGCCAUGGAGUUGGACCAAGAGAGGAAGAAAGCCAAAGAGGAGGCGGAGCGCUUCGAGAGAGACAGACAGGCAGCGGAGGAGGCCAAGGCAGCACUUGCUAAACAGGCUGCUGACCAGAUGAAGAACCAGGAGCAACUGGCUGCUGAACUAGGGGAAUUUACCGCCAAAAUUGCUCUGCUUGAAGAGGCCAAGAGGAAGAAGGAGGAGGAGGCGACAGAAUGGCAACACAAAGCCAUUUCAGCCCAGGAGGACCUGGAGAAGACUAAAGAGGAACUGAAGUCUGUGAUGUCAUCACCCCCGGCACCAGAGCACGAUGACGAGCAGGACGAGACGAGCGCCGAGGGAAGCACCGAGCUGCAUAGUGACGGGGUCACCAGUCACCGCAGCGAGGAACAACGUGUCACAGAGGCGCAGAAGAAUGAACGCGUCAAGAAACAGCUGCAGGCUCUGAGUUCAGAGUUGGCCCAGGCCAGGGACGACACCAAGAAGACACAGAACGACAUGUUACACGCGGAGAACGUGAAGGCUGGGAGGGACAAGUACAAGACCCUGCGUCAGAUCCGCCAGGGCAACACCAAGCAGCGCAUCGACGAGUUUGAGUCCAUGUGAAACCUUGCCCGUCCUGCCCAUUGUAGUGUACAGCAGAACCGGCCUUGCAAGAAGGCCCGGAGGUGUGUGGAUUCAAUGACUGCCCACCAUGCCUUGCCAAAACCCUGCCCACUAGCGGUUGGCCAAACCGCUCCAUGCUUACAUAGCUCUACCCAACCAUGUCUGGAAUCACUCAAUAUGGAAUGCAAGCAACCAUAUCUUGUCAAAACCAACCUGUCCUAAAACAUAGGAUAAUUUAACGCUUGCAUGUCAUAUGUAAGAAAAGGAAUGCAGACAGGAAUUGGUUGGUAUCAUUCAUUGAGAGACAAAAUGCCAUUUAUAACUUUUUGAUGUCGCUUGCAAGCUUGUAUGUAAAGCUUUAAAUACCAUAUGUUACUUUUUUGGUUUGUCAUCAAAAAUUUAAAUCUUUUUUAAUAAAAAAAAAAA